UAGACAAAUAAUUUCUAUGCUAAUACAAAAUCUUUCGACGUCGUAUGAGCGGUUGGAGGUUGGGGGUUCCAAAGGAUCUCAGAUAUAGAUUUUUCUAAUUGCACAAUUCAAAAGUCAUGGGUCCCUUUGCUCUCUCCGUGCCAGCGCAUCGUCUCGGAAUACACUCGCAAACGGGCAGACGCAAAAAAGCCGACGAUAAUCAAGAGGAUGACGACAAUAUCGACACCGACUUCGAGUGGGAUGUUUCAUCAUCGCGACUCCCUUCGGAAUCCAUUAAUCCUCUCAGUUACUCACCCGACACCCUUCAGCAAUUCGCCGUCGCCGGAUUAUCACCGGAAGACGAGGUGCCGUCUAGUAUCCACCCGUUAUUUCCGCAUAAAGCCACCCCGGCCGAAGGCAAGAAACGGAGGGCGCGUAGGAGCGAUAGGGUUUUUGAUGUUAGUGAAGCUGAGUCCGAAAAUGAUGAGGCAGCGCCGAGGCGGAAGGAUGAAGGGGCUACGGUGAAGCAGGUUUCGGAACGGUUAAAACAUUUGAGUACUUUAACUGCUAUUAUGCACCGCUGCCUUAGCGACGGUGAUAUCGCUCGGGCGAAACGUGCGUUUGGUCUGUUGGUGCAGACUGGGGAUGUGGAUAUCAAGCAAGGAGGACUUUGGGCUAUAGGCUCUGAGAUUCUCAUGCGCGAUGGCGAGGCGCAACUCAAGCAGGGAAAAGUCGGUGGUGGGGAAGCGAGAGAUCAACCAGACGGCGAAAAUACAGAAAUCCGUCGCUGGGGUUCCGCUGCCAACGUCGACAAAGUCCGAUCCUACUUCGAAAGUCUAAUUCAGCAAUAUCCGCAUGAUCCGCAUCGGCCACAUCUCACCAGUGCGCUUGACUUCUGGCCCGCUCUUUUUGGCAUUGAGAUUUACAACUUGGACGCGGAGCUGCAAAAAGCCUUACAUAGGUUACCAACGACGCCGGCAGACGAGCAGGAAGAUGGGGAUGAAUACGGGUACGGAUAUGGUGAAGACGAAGAGAUGGCAUACUCAGACGAGGCUAUCGAAGCACGGAGACGUCAAAGAGAUGACGAGAGACAAGGUACAGUCCAAGCAGCGCGCGAUGAAGUUAAGCUACAAGCACGAGAUGUGGCAGAGCGUGUCGCGGCCCAGAUGGACCAAAUCAUGGAAAAUAACCCAUUUGCGACACAUCGAGAAUUACUUAGGCUUAGGGGGAACCUGGCAUUGUUCAUUGGAGACUUGUGUCUGUCGUCACGGCUUAUAGACUACGAACGUAAUGAAGAGGAGAUAUCGUUGAAGAGUAGUGAGGACGCGCUUAGGUCUCGGGCUGAGUCGGUAGAAGACCAUGGUGCGCUGGCGAUGAGGAGGGAGGAGCAUGAGAAGGCUCGGACGUUGUUCCGUAAGAUAAUGGAUGGUGGUGGAGAGGUGGAUGACUGGAUAUUGAAGUUUGUGCGUGCGGGUGAGGAGGAUGAGCAGCAUGAUGUUACCCUCGAGGAUGGGUGGUAGGCAAUUAGCACAUCGUGAAAUUUCUUAAGAUACCCCAAGUAAAUUGAGUUUAUUAUACGCGAGAUCAAUUCGAUGAUAUACGAAUAUACUAGAAUCUUGAAUGUAUAGCUGA